UGUACACCAACCAUAAUUAGACGUUCGUGAAAAGUCGAUUUCUUUGAAGCAGUUUCAGUUCGCGUUAACUGUAAAUGUUUCUUUGAUAAUGUUUUUCUACAAUCCAACUUGAAAAAGAUACUGUGAUAAAAUAUUUUACCAGUUAUACUAUUAUUUAUUAUAAUACCAACGGGAAUAUUUUAUCGUUCAAUGGAAAAACAAAAAUGGUUAUUUUUGACGUUAUUAUUGACCUAUGCGUUAGCCGAACACGACACAAAGUCGUCUAAAAGGAAACAAAUCGAUAAUACUGAAGACUCUACAGAAUCAAAACCACCAGAAAAACGAGGUUUAGAAAACGUACUCGGAUAUGGCCGAGGAACUAAUUCUCACUCAUCGCCAGAAAGUUCAGACUAUUCGGGGUUUCCAUUUGGAAAUAAUAAUGGUCGAGAUGGGAACGAAGGAGAUAGUGAACAGUUAUCGGCCAACAAUGAAAACCACAAUAAUGGUAACGGUUUUAGUCACUUCUUUUUCGAAAGGGGCGUCCAAGAUAACGGAGGCAACGUACAGGGAUCCAAUACAGUAGGAUCAAACGAUCAUCAUAGCUCGAUAGGAGGAAGAAAUGCCAACAAUCAUGGUUGGAUGGCAAGUUUCUAUAAUCACGAAGGAAAACCCGAAAUCUCUGGUAGAGGGCACUUUUUCAGUCCAGGCAAUGGUGGCGAUGAUCAACAUGGCUUUGUUGGUUCACAACAAACAUUCCAAGGAUACGAAAGUGGCGGAAAUAUCGAUGUACACGAAUCAACCAACAAUGAUGGCUAUAGGAGCAACAUCGGUGGUUACGGUGGGGGUGGAGGUGGUUUUGGGGGUGGUGGACAUGGAGGAGGAGGUGGACACGGUGGAGGAGGCGUACAUGGGGGUGGAGGCGGUCACGGGGGUGGAGGCGGACACGGAGGUGGAGGCGGACACGGAGGAGGUGGCGGACACGGAGGCGGUGGCGGACAUGGAAGCGGUGGAUUUGGAGGAGGCGGUGGAUUUGGAGGAGGUGGUGGAUAUGGAGGAGGUGGUCAUGGCUUCGGGUACGGAGGACACGUCAAGACAGUAUACGUAACAAAAGAGGUACCAGUUCCAUAUCCAGUGCACGUGGAAAAAAAAGUUCUCUACCCCGUCCGAGUACCAUACGAAAAACCCGUACCAUAUCCGGUCCACAGACCAUAUCCUGUACACAUUGAGAAACAAGUGCCCUACCCGGUCAGGGUGCACGUACCACAACCAUACCCGGUAACAGUGGAAAAACAUGUACCGUUUCCGGUAAAAGUGCACGUGGAGAAACCUGUGGCAGUGCACAUACCGAAACCAUAUCCGGUAUACAUCGAGAAAAAAGUACCAGUAGCUGUAGACCACCCAGUUCCGUAUCCCGUGAAAAUACCAAUAGACCGUCCCGUUCCCAUACACAUACCGGUAGAGAAGCCGAUACCAUAUCCGGUGGAAAGAAAAAUACCAUAUCCAGUCAAAGUACCUGUGGAUAGACCAUAUCCGGUCCACGUACCCAAACCAUAUCCCGUGCACGUUGACAGACCAGUGCCGUAUGCGGUCAAAGUUCCGGUCAAAGUACCAGUCAAAGUACCCGUUCCAUACCCAGUCGAAGUCAAAGUCCCUGUCCACAUACCGGUUCAUACGCAAUCGCAGAACGGUUACGGUAACCAUCACCACCACCAACAACAACAACAACAACAACAACAACAAACACAUCAUGACUCGUACCGGCAAGGUGGGCUACUAAAUCAAGAGAGCUCGUCGGACACUACGGGAUACGGUACUGCGUUCGUAAACAAUUACGAUAACGGUUUUACAUCGUUAGGCAGUGGCCAAGAUCAAGGGACGCCAGACGCCUACGGUGGUAACGAAGACUACGGAUCUUCACACGGAUGAUCCGUGUUCAAUUUACCAGCUUAUAUAUACCAUAGUAAGUGACAUUUGCUGCCAUUUUAUCUAGCUAGUUGCGCUCGACGUAAUUAAGCAUAUUUUAGACUUGUUUAACACUGUAAUAACAAUACUAUAAAUACCAAUAAAAAAAAAUAUUUGUAUACAUUAUUGUCAUAUCUGUUAUACGUUUUCUCAUAAUAUUAAAUAGUCUUUAGCAUAAUAAUAGAAUAAGAAUAAUAUUUUGUUCGUGUUUGUAGAUAUUUUCGCGGUACUUUUAAGGCUGUACCUUCAUUACACUAUCGAUGCGCUUUAUGGUUCACAAUAUCACCCUAACUUCGAAUUUCUUAAAGUUUCGGUCUAUAAAUGUAGUUUAAUCGACGUGUGGAAUGACUUCUCGGUGUAAACUCGACAGUUUUUAAUUCCGUAUCAUAUAGAGAUACAAAUACGGAAAAUAUACGUAAAUUGAAAAUUCGGUAUAAGUAGACGCAACACGACAAAUAUGUGGAUGUCAGUCGGUCUGUUCCGGCGUGUAAAAUGAGCUCUAUUAUUUAUUUAGCAAUCCGCGCACGCAAUCCCGCGUAUCCGUGUUUUCCUAUUUAUAGUACUAACGUAGUGUUACAGUAGAUCGCGAAAAAUGCCAGAGCAAUUACUGAUUAUUUCGGUUGUUAUAACAUUUUUGAAAACUAAAAUGAAUUCUACUUUCGUUUCCCGUCCGGUAUCGCGUGUACACGCGUAUUCUAACAAUACAACGACAACGACAACGACGGCGACGACAUACCGAAUUAUAGAAGAAGAAACCGAAACCGUCCGUUGUGUCCGUAUGCGGUUUCCCCCUACUGGCUAUCUCGAAUAUAUAUAUUUAUAUAUAACGACCGUGUAUAUAGUACAUACCGACGAAAUCGUAUUAGACGCCUGUUGACAAAACUACGGUAUAGUUCUAUUAAAUAGGUAUUUGAUAUUCGCAAACACACUGUAUUAUUAUUAUUAUUAUAUUAUUAUAUUCAUUAUUAUUAUUAUUAUUAUUAUGAAAUUAUCGUAUUGAGCGACAGGUAUUGUUGACGGUAGUGAAACUACGCCACAAAAAUACGAAAUACCGUUACCAUUUUAUAAUAAAAUAAACAGUUUAUCAUAUAAGUGUAACUACUUGUUGAAAUUAUACACAUGGGUACUUACCCAA